AGCUGUAGUCAAGAGCAAACCAGGAAGGGUAAAAAUGAGACUUCCUAGUUGUACUCGAUGUGAAAAUCUUCCAUUUUGCACAAGUGUCUAUUAAGACCCUCUUGAUUUUUGGUAGUGGUCUACAAAGGCCUCUACAUACAGGGAUCGAGUAUGGGGAUUGCAAAUGUAAAGUCAAAAUCAUUCUGAGUGAAGGUAAUUGGUUGGGGAGAAAUUAGACUUCCCGCCAUAGCAAUUUAAAUUUUGCCACUAAUGAUUUAAAGUUUAAGUGAUAAAAUUUUUUACUUGCAGCAAAAAUAUGCAAUUUUUACAGCAACAAUGUUUUUUCCCGUCACUGUACGAUAAUUUUAGUGACAGUAAAAGUUGCCAUCGAUAAGUCUUUGCAAAAUAAGCCCAAAAAAAAGUUCUUCGCUUCAUAUUUACCCUAACUCUUUGCCCCCCCCCCCUUCUCUUUCCCUCUCGAUCUCUAGAUCUGAAAUUUCAAUGGUGGCACCCUUGACUGUUCGAGCAUCUUGUGAGCGUGGUGUGUUGUGUCGUCGUUCUACGGCCACUACUGUAUUUGUGUUGAAGAAUUGCAAGUUGUAUGCCCGAUCUAACCCUUGGGGUGUUCAUUUGGCCCGCUUCAAAAAUGAUGAGGCAGUAUCAUUUAUACCUCGUGAUGGUUCUUUUGAUCUCAUGACAUAUAGACUCAGUGGAUCUGGAAAUUGA